UCUUUAAACCCUAGACCCCUGCUUCAAAUCACCCUUCUCCUCCUUCCUAAGCGGCAGCAACUCUUCGGAGGGUUAAUUUGAAGGAAUCAAGAGAAUGUUAGUGCUUUUUGAAACCCCAGCGGGUUUUGCUCUUUUCAAAGUAUUGGAUGAAGGAAAGCUCUCCAAAGUUGAUGACUUGUGGAAGGAGUUCUCGUCUUCCGAUACAGCCAGACAGGUGGUAAAGCUAAAAGCUUUUUCCAAAUUUGAGAACACAUCAGAAGCACUAUCAGCAGCUACCCUGUUGAUCGACAGCAAACCCAGCAAAGGUUUACGCAAGUUCUUGCGUGCUCAUUGUGAUGGUGAGACGUUGGCUGUUGCAGACUCGAAACUUGGAAAUGUGAUCAAGGAAAAGCUGCAAAUUGAAUGUGUUCACAACCAAACUGUUAUGGAACUUAUGAGAGGGGUGAGAAGUCAAUUGACAGAACUCAUAACUGGUUUAGGCGCACAAGAUCUAGCCCCGAUGAGCUUGGGUUUAUCUCAUAGCCUGUCCAGAUACAAGCUUAAGUUCAGUCCUGAUAAGGUGGAUACAAUGAUCAUUCAAGCUAUUGGCUUGUUGGAUGAUCUUGAUAAAGAGCUUAACACUUACGCAAUGAGGGUCCGUGAAUGGUAUGGUUGGCAUUUUCCGGAGCUUGCAAAGAUCGUACAAGACAACAUUCUUUAUGCCAAGGCCGUCAAGCUCAUGGGUUACCGGACAAAUGCUGCAAAACUUGAUUUCUCUGAGAUAUUGACAGAAGAGAUUGAGGCCGAACUAAAAGAGUCGGCUGUAGUUUCCAUGGGAACUGAAGUCAGUGAUCUUGAUUUGGUGAACAUCAAGGAUCUGUGUGAUCAAGUACUGUCUCUUUCAGAAUACAGAGCGCAGCUGUAUGAUUAUUUGAAGAGCAGGAUGAAUACGAUUGCCCCAAAUCUCACUGCUAUUGUCGGAGAACUUGUUGGUGCUCGCCUCAUUGCUCAUGGGGGUAGCUUGUUGAAUCUUGCAAAACAACCUGGGAGUACGGUUCAGAUCCUCGGUGCUGAAAAAGCUCUUUUUAGGGCACUGAAGACAAAACAUGCAACUCCCAAAUACGGGCUUAUCUACCAUGCAAGUUUAAUUGGUCAAGCUGCACCAAAGCACAAGGGAAAGAUUUCACGUUCUCUUGCUGCCAAAGCAUCCUUAGCAAUUCGAUACGAUGCUCUUGGUGAGAGCCAAGACAAUUCUAUGGGAAUGGAGAACCGUCUCAAGCUUGAAGCAAGACUAAGGAAUCUUGAAGGGCGAGAACUUGGGCGUUCUGCUGGAUCAACUAAAGGCAAACCCAAGAUUGAGGUUUACAACAAAGAUCUCAAGAAAGGGGAUGGAGCGAUGAUAACUCCUGCCAAGACUUACAAUAUAGCAGCAGAUUCUGUUCUUGGGCGGAUAGAAGCAGAGGCUGUGGAAGACAAAGAGAUGGUAUCAGAAGGUGUUGAUGAAGGGAAGAAGGACAAAAAGAAGAAGAAGAAGAAGGGUGUUGGUGAGGAAGAAGUGGGUGUGACAGAAGAUGGAGCUGCAGAUGGAGAAGUUGGUAAAAAGAAAGAGAAAAAGAAAAAGAAGCGUGCAGCCGAGGAAGCUGCUGAAGUGGCGAAGGAAGAGGAGGAUGGAAUGAAGAAGAAAAAGAAGAGAAAACAUGCAGAAGCUGAAGGUGAAGGUGAAAAGGGAAGUAAGAAGAAAGAUAAGAAAAAGAAGAAGAGAGAAGAGUAAGAAUGUAUGGUUAUGGUUAUGGUGAAUUUUGGGUAUGUUGAGAACAGGUUUUAGUGUUGAUUGGCAGCAUAUGGACACAUGUAUUAGUCUUUUGUAGGCAGUGGAGAAAUGGUUUUUUCCUUUCUUUUUGUUACUUGAUGACUGAUUUCUUUUUCCUACUUCUACUUGUUGUCUGCCAGUGAAGAUUGGCUUGGAAACCAACCUAUCAACAUUGUUGUGCUAA